AUGGCCGGGUCUCCUGCGCUGCUCCUUCUGCUGGCUCUUGGGCUCUGCUGCCCUGGGAUCUGGAGCCAGACGUACAGGAUGGUGGCCAAGUUCCGUGACAGCAGCAUCACACACCCUCGGGUGGGACAGCGGCUGGAGCUGGAGUGCGUGUCCACCAAGGAGGACAGCGGCGUAUUCUGGGUCCGCCUGGACAAGGCUGGGAUCCUUCACUUCAUUGUCUUCAUUUCCCACCUGGCCCGGGUCACCUUUGAGGGGAAUGAGAAGACAUCCGUACGUUUCGAUGCAACAAAAGACAAUAGGUUCUACCGGCUGGUAGUGAAAUCUUUCUCACUGCGGGAUGAGGGGCACUAUUUCUGCCUCAUGAACAUGAACCAAAUGCUCUACUUCAGCCCUGGCCAGCCUGCCUUCUUCCCAGUCGUCACCACCACGGCAGCAACCACCUCCCCAGCACCCACCACCGAGCAUGGCAUCACGGAAAAGGAUCCCUGCCCGAAGACCCCAGCUCCAGAGACCAGCAAGGAGAAACAACUAGAUGUCUUCUGCGACAUCUUCAUCUGGGUUCCCUUGGCAGGCGCCUGCCUCCUGCUUGUCAUCGCCUUGGCGGUCACCAUUGUCCUGUGUAAACAAACCAGAAGACGAAGAUGCAGAUGUAAAAGACCUGUGAAUGGGAAGCCCAGUGCCAAACCUAACGUGCAAAGCCAACACAUGUAA